CCUGCUGCCCUCAUUUCCAAUGCAGCAGCGACCAUGACAGGCAUCGCCGCUGCUUCUUUCUUCUCCAACGCUUGCAGGUUCGGUGGCUGCGGACUCCACUUCGACUCUCUGGCCGAGCUCAUCGUGCACAUCGAGGACAACCACAUCGACACAGACCCCCGACUUCUGGAGAAGCAGGAGCAGCAGCAGCCGACAUAUGUCGCCCUCAGCUACGUCAACAGGUUCAUGACAGAUGCUGCGCGGCGAGAACACGAGACCCUGAAGAAGAAGGUGCAGCCCAAGUUGUCACUGUCUCUGACAGGCAGUCUGUCGCGCAGCAGUGUUUCCACUCCGCCUCGCCACACCAGUGGAAACCUCACCCCUCCAGUCACCCCACCCAUCACCCCUUCCUCUUCCUUCCGCAGCAGCACGCCUACAGGUAGCGAGUGUGAUGAAGAGGAGGUAGACUUUGAGGAGUCUGACAGUGAUGAGUCGUGGACCACAGAGAGCGCCAUCAGCUCCGAGUCCAUCCUCAGUUCUAUGUGCAUGAACGGAGGAGACGAGAAGCCUUUCGCAUGCCCCGUGCCAGGCUGUAAAAAGAGAUACAAGAAUGUGAACGGGAUCAAGUAUCACGCCAAGAACGGCCACCGUACCCAGAUAAGGGUGCGCAAACCCUUCAAGUGCCGGUGUGGGAAGAGCUACAAAACGUCUCAGGGUCUCCGCCACCACACCAUCAACUUCCACCCGCCCAUCUCUACCGACAUCAUCCGCAAGAUGCAGCAGUAGUGAUGGAGUGAGCGACCAGCACUCUCCCUCAGGCCAUCUCCCGACCAUCUGACCACCACCAUCACCAGCAAUGGCUGUUUCUCAUUCCACCCCGUUCAUUCAUCCCCCCCCGCCCCCCCGCCCCCUCCCUUAAAACCUCUUCCUCUCUCUCUUACCCCACUUUGCUAUGACACUAUUUUUGAUUGCAUGGUAUAAAUGUGUUAUUAUUCAUCCUUAACUUUUAUUCUGAAUGUUAAAUCUUUAUGUAGUUCACAGUUUUGUAUUUUGCACAUUUAAGCUAUCAUUUAUCUAUUUGACUUUAUUUUUUUUUCGACAUAUGGUGCUCGUUUGAUGAUGAGGGCUCGUUGUAGACUAGCCACACCAAAUCAUGAGUAGCCUUGCAUGUACAUCCUGCUUUACAGGCAGUGUGACGUCAGAGGAAACUGAGGAAAGAUUUUUUUUUUUACAGAAAGGAGGCACCAUUUCCUUGCUUCUGUCUCAUUUGAACCUAAAAAAUGGGACAGAGGUAAAUGAAAACAAUCAGAAUGUGUGCAGUAUAACGUGUUUCAUUCUCUUAUCAGAUUUAAUGUUAAUAAUCAGUUUGACUUUUUCCGUUCAUAUCACAAGUUCCAAAACCUUUUUUCAUCUGUUUUACUGCAAACACUUGUGUGUGAGCACCAAAGGAUGAUCUCAGGUGACGUUUGCAAGCAUUUCAGCACCACAAUCCUGCCCAAGUGUUCUGAUAGUAUUGAUGCUGUUCAGUGGGAUCAUGGGAACUCUUGUGUGUCACAAUGUUCCCGGUCACUUUCCUGAAGACUUAAGCAGUUUCCCUGUGCUGUUUUUAACAGUGAGGGAUUGAAGCACUUUUUUGUAACAAGUUGCCAACAAAUUAGCAUUUUUUGCCAACAUCUCGUUUCUGGUGUUUGUACAGUAGCUACCGAGAAACGAGUCAAAAGGCCUUCAGAGCAGAAAGUUCGCAAGUUCUCCAUUGCUCCAAGGGAAGACGUAUACCAAACCUCCAGUGUUUCCAGUAUUGUGAGAUUUCUGUAUGUACAGUAGUUGCCUUGAAUUGUAAACCAUUCCAAUCAGUGCAGAUCUUUGUAUGGCUUUAUUUUGACAGUUCGAACUAAUUCAGCUGACGUUACGCAGACAGCUCAGCCCAGACUGUUCACCGACUCCCCGCUCUUUUGAAACCAUGUGAUUGUGUUUGUCAUGGAUAGAAGAAAAGCCGGGGGAACGACGUUAGCCAUGUAUUUAGCACAUUUAUGUCGGGCUGUGAGAUAAACACAUGGCGGCUCCUACUGUGUGCCAUAAAAAACACGUCAGUACAACCCCCAUUUAAUCCCCGAAAGUAAUGAACCGCAGAUCAUUAAAUGCCACAAGAUUGGGGAUUUAUCAACUUUGAGCCAUUAGGUAAACAUCUUCACUGCAUGGAUGUUAGUGUUAAUGAACUACGGUCCAAUUGUGACAGUAUUGUACUGCCAGUACGGAGGAAAAGUCUUUGAUAUAGUGUACAGUGAAUGUAUUGUUAUGUGUUAAGUGCAUUAAAUUAUAUUUUCAUAUGUUUCUGGAGUUUAAAAAAACAACAAUAGUAUAAUGUGUAUGAAAAGACAACACCAGAGGUUGUUUGGAGAAACACUGGUGAUGUACUGUAUUUCUUCAAAAAGCUGCUUCAUGUAAAACUUUUGUUACAUUUAGAAUAAAAAGUCCUCUGAUGUGUGC